AUGGCGACGCCAUCCACGCGGCCUCUCCACGUGCUCUGGACGCGCCUCUUCCUCCUCAGCGCGUCCUGCAUCGCCGGCCUCAUCGUCUCCCGUCGUCGCAAGCUGCGCCGCUUCCAUUUGCACAUCCUACGCGACAAAUCGGCCGACUGCGGCCGCUUCUUUGCGCUCGACAUCGGCGGCACUUUGGCCAAAAUGGUCUAUUUCCAGUCCGUGGACGGCGCGGCUGCCGCGCAGCGGCGACAGACGGAGCGCCAGCGGAAGCAGUUGGACGGAACGAGCGAAGAGCGCGACACGAGGCGACCGGAAGGCAGUUUGCCGCUGAUUCACGACUUCCUCAUGGGUCUGUACGGCUCAAACGACGUGCAGCGCGACGAGCGGCUCCAGAUGCUCGUGCCCGAGUUGGGCGGCACGCUCCAUUUCAUUAGCUUCGCGACUGCACGGAUGCACGAGGUGACCGACUUUGUCCGCUGCCACUUUUUCCACCGGUAUAUCAAAAAAAUCGCGUGCACGGGCGGCGGGGCGUUCAAGUUUUCUCCGCUGUUCGAGUCGCGCUUGGGGAUCGAACUGGAACGGGCCGACGAGAUGGACGCUCUCAUUCAGGGGCUCAAUUUCGUGCUGCAAAACGCUCCAGACGAGUGCUACACGUUCGUGAAUGUCGUUCCUGAUACGUGUGGACUGGGGAGCGCAACGAAAAAGAUCUUGCCAAAGCCAGGGAAGCACGAGCUGUACCCGUUUCUGCUAGUCAACAUUGGCUCCGGUGUGAGUAUACUGAAAAUCACUGGCGAGGCGCAGUACGAGCGCGUGUCCGGCACGAGUCUUGGAGGGGGCACGUUCCUCGGUCUGUGUCGUGCACUGUCGAAACUGCGCACGUUUGACGAGGCAAUGGACGCGAGCGUCGAAGGGGAUUCAACUGUCGUGGAUAUGACGGUCGGGGACAUCUACGGCGCUGCUGGGUACGAGCGAUUCCAGCUCAAGCCAGACACAGUGGCGAGCAGCUUUGGCAAAGUCGGGGCACGUCGCUUGUCGCAGCUACCGAAACACGCGGACUUGGCACGUUCGCUGCUCUUUAUGAUCACGCAAAACUUGGGGCAGUUGGCAUUUCUGAACGCACGUCGCGUGGAGACCACGCGGAUCUACUUUUCGGGCAACUUCCUCCGACGGAACGAGUUGGCGUGUCGGCAGCUGGCCUACGCCAUCAGCUUUUGGUCCAAGGGCGAGAUGCAAGCGCAGUUUUUCCACCACGAGGGCUUCUUUGGCGCGCUCGGGACGUUUCUUCAGCGGUACAACGCACUCGCGAGGCCACAGCCGAUCGUGCACGUGGAGCAGCAGGACACGGACACGGACGUUGACGUGCCCCUGAUGCGACAAGUCGCACGUGACGACAGUGCAAGUGCAAACGAGCGAGCGAGCGAAAUGCAGCGUUUGUGA